UCAAGGAGAUUAUUUGAGAGGUCUGGGUACACACUCAUCCCGUUACACUUCCCGGGAAUUGUAAAGCUCACACCGGACGCCCGCUGGAGGAGGAUAUAUAACUUCUUUUUUUUAAAUCGUUGUGUGUGUGGGUAGAGACACGAAGGUCUUCACGGAGAGCCGAGGACAUCCUCCUCGCUGAGCCGGGAGGGAGUGCGCGCGGCGCGGGGUAGAGUGACCCCAAAAGGACUGCACCUCGACACCAAGGUUAUGACGGAACUGAGCUGAACAUGGAGCUUUUUUGGAUUUUGUUAUUUUCUAGUGCUUAUCCUCUCGCCCGGGGCCAAGGAGUUUACGCUCCAGCCAACGCCCAGAUCGUGCACUCAGGCGCUGCGUGUAACGUCAAGGAUGAUAACAUCAGUGAGAGAAUCUACACCAUCAAAGAAGGAGACACACUAGUGCUUCAGUGUAUUGUUAAAGGACACCCACGGCCACAGGUGCGGUGGACGAAGACGGCCGGCAGCGCGUCGGACAAGUUCCAGGAAACGUCCAUCUACAACGAGACGCUGCGCAUCGAGGGCAUCAACAGGGUGCAGGGGGGUCGCUACUACUGCAAGGCCGACAACGGGGUGGGGGUGGCUGCCAUCAAGUCCAUCCGUGUAGAUGUGCAGUACCUGGACGUCCCCGUUCUGACGGUGCACCAGACCAUCAGCGAUGUGCGCGGCAGCUACUACCAGGAGAAGACGGUGUUCCUGCGCUGCACCGUCAACUCCAACCCGCCCGCGCGAUUCAUCUGGAAGCGCGGCAACAUGCUCAUCGAACAGAGCAAGGACAACGGGGUGGACAUCUACGAGCCGCUUUACACUCAGGGGGAGACCAAGGUGCUGAAGCUGAAGAACCUCCGGCCCAAAGACUUCGCCGACUACGCGUGCCAGGUGUCCGUCCGCAACGUGUGCAGCAUCGGGGACAAGUCGGUCACCUUCCGGCUCACCAACGCCACCUGUCCCCCGAUGAUCCGGCUGUCGGUGAACGACACGGUGGUGGUGGACCCCGGGCAGGACGUGCUGUUGACCUGCGAGGUGAUCGCGGGCUUCCCCCUCCCCACCGUGGUGUGGUCCCGGUACCCCGGCCUGCUGCCCCUCAGCGCUCAGGUCCGAGGGCCGACGCUGACCCUGCGCGCCGUCACCCCGGCCGACGGAGGCUUCUACAACUGCACCGCCGUCAACAACGUGGGCAACCCCGCCCGCAAGAACGUCAACCUGGUGGUCCGGACGAUGAGCAACCUGACCUUCCAGAUCACGCCGGACUCCAACAAGGACAGCGAGAGCAUCCAGAUGGGUCGCGACCUCAAGCUGUCGUGCCAUGUCGACGCCACCCCGCAGGACAAGGUCAACUACACCUGGUACAAGAACGGGGCGCCGGUCUUCAACUCGGACAGCCUGAUCCUGCUGCGCAGCGACCCGGACAUGGCGCCCGGCACCAGCAGCUUGGAGAUCGUGGACAUGAAGUUCAGGGACUUGGCCAUGUACAGCUGCGUGGCCAACUUCCUGGGCAGCAGAGGCCUGGAGCUCCGAGUGGACGUCAACAUCACUCAGAACAGCGUCUCUCCUCCGGUGCUGUUGGUUCCGCCGGGCGGCCAGGUGGUCAGCGUGCGGGAGGGCGCCAACGUCGAGCUGGUGUGCUUGGUGGUCGACGGCAAACCGCGGCCGCCCAUCCUCUGGUCGCGGGCGGAGAAGGACCUGCUGAUGCCGUCGGGCAGGACGACGAUAGAGACGCCCGACGGCCGCCUGAGGCUGAAGAACGUCAGUCGGGACAUGAUGGGGCCGUACCGGUGCCAGACGGCGCCGUACAACGGGCUCAACAUCAAGCGCAGGGAGGCGCUGGUCCAGCUCAACGUGCUGUAUCCUCCCAUCCUGGAUCCGGUGUUCCAGGACACGCGCUCCAGGAACUAUCAGCUGGUGACCCUGAGGUGCACCGUGGUGCGGUCCAACCCGCCGCGCCUCACCGACAUCCGCUGGUUCUGGAACGGCGAGCCCAUCCGCAUGCCCGUGCCCGACCUGAAGGAGACGCCCGAGCGCAAGUUCAAGCUGGAGCCCACCAACAACGGCUCGUACGAGUGCCGAGUCAGCAACAGCGCGGGGACGUCGACGUGCACCUUCAACGUCUCUGCGCAACCGUACAACGCAGAGUUCUACUUCGACACGCCCAACCCGGUGAGGAUCCUGAAAGGAAACAACUACUCCUACAACCUGCAGUGGACGCAGAAAGACCCCGAGGCCACGGACCGCAUCAUCGGCUACUGGGUCAACGUCCGAAACAACAAGCAGAACGUUCUGUCGAAGCAGAUCGACCUGAAGGGCAAGGAGCCGGAGAAAGGCGUGCUGAUCUCCCACGCCAUAUCGGACCUGAAGAUCCCCCUGGCCUACGAGGUCCGACUGGCCCCCAUCACCACCUACAGCAUCGGGGACUACGCCAGCCGUGUCAUCCAGUACUCGGAACCCUACACGUAUCCACGGCCCUCAGACCAUGUGUGUGGUUUUGAGGAUGACAGGAUUUGCGGUUUCUCGCAAGACCGCAGCGACGUCUUUGAUUGGACGAGACAGAAUCACCUGACGCAGAACCCCAAGAGGUCGGCGAACACCGGCCCCGAGACGGACCGCAGUGGCACCAAGGAAGGGUUCUACAUGUACAUCGAAGCGUCGCGGCCGCGUCUUCUGGGCGACAAGGCGCGUCUGCUGUCUCCGCUUUUCAACGUGACCUCGGUGAGGGGCCCCAAGGGCUCCGGCAGGGUCCCGUACUGCAUCUCUUUCUACUACCACAUGAAAGGCAAACAUAUCGGCACUCUCAAUCUGCUCAUUAGAGUGAGGAGCAUCGCCUCCGUGGACUCGGUAGUUUGGACGAAGUUUGGCUAUCAGGGCCCGGACUGGAGGAAAGCCUUCUUGGACAUCAGCCCCAGUGGACCCUUCCAGAUCGUGUUUGAAGGAAUCCGAGGCGCGGGCUUCGAGGGAGACAUCGCCGUCGACGACGUGUCCAUCACCGUGGGGAAGUGCAAGCAGAGGAACACCGUCGCCAGCGCAGUUCUGAUUGGUGGAUCGGACUCGCACCCAUUGGCCAGCUGGCUGACCCUUGGCCUCUCCUGCGUCCUGCCGCUGCUCUGCAGAUGAUGAGCACUUCCUGCUCCACCACCUGUCAGAAGUGACAGACAGCUGCCCUUACUCGCCCCUCAAUACUUCUCUCUCUUCCUUACCUGUAUCCCCCGUCUGUCCUUCUCAACUCAUCCACUGCAUCCUCCUUCCUUAGACAAGUGGUCACACAAAGUCUUCGUCUAGUUUCUUCUCCUCUGCUUUCUUUCAACAUCCCCCCCCCCUCCCCCCCAUACACGCAAUAUAACCAACUGACACACACACUUAGUGAUCUUUAAGCUUGAACUUCUCAAUUUCUAUUCAUUUGAUUGGAUUCACAUGGUCACAUGUCAGCGUCUCACUCUGUCCCCCCUUUGUCCUCGCCUUCAUCGCCCUUCUUCAUUUACACGUGGACCCCUCUUGCGUAUCUCCACACCCUCAUACCGGCGAUCCCCCAAUUCCCCCAGACACCGACGUGUCGGACACUCAACCAAAGAUGACAAAGGACCUGAGGGAAUAAAACAAAGGGAACAUGGGAUUCCAGGACGAAAGUAAAAGAGAGAGAGAGAGAGAAAGUGGGUAAAAUCCUUAUUUUUUUUCCACAAAGACCGUCUGCCUUUCAAUCCCAACUUUUUGGGGCUACGGGAGCAACUGAAUGACAAAGAGACACACGAAGAAGAACUGCUCGAUGAGUGAACGAAUAAACACAUGAAUAAACAAAGGAAUACUGAGUAAAGGACGCAGCAGGGAAAGAGAAGUGCGUGCUCCUGGUAGCCCCUCUGCUCGCCACAAGAGACAAACCUCAGUGCGGAAUAUACGUGUACAUUUAUCUCUCUAUAUAUUAAAUAUCAAAAAGUUUAAACUAAAAUACGACGAGGACGGCGGAGGACUUUACAAAGUGAAAUGAAAAAGAAGCACAAUGUUUAUACAACCUCUGCUGUUCCUUUUGGUUUGAUUCUACUUAUGAUGUGAUGUUGCAGUUUGUCAGACCUAUUCGGUGGUUUUUUUGUGCUUUUCUUGUUUUGUUUAAGGGUCAAACGGCAAUGGGUACAAUACAGUAUUAUAUUAAUAUUUAUGAGAAGGAAGAGAAGAUGAUUUGUGAUCCAGAACCUGAGCAGGAGGAUAGAAAGGAGAGGACGACCCAAAGCCACCUGGAUAGAAACCUCAACUUUUCCACACACACACACACACGUACACACUGUUUUCCUUGAUGACAUCACAGCCAUGCCCUCAGCUCUGCCUCAAAUACACGUCUCGCCCGUGGAUGACACAUUCAUAAGGAAAACCAUGGGUUGGUAGAUGCAACUUUCACAUUUCUGAUCACAAAAUUCUCAUCACUGGACUUCGUGACUCGGAUUUAUCAACCGCAACAGAAUAUCUGGACCACGUCUCAAUAAUUAGGAGAAGAAGAAAGAGCCGUGGAGGGAGUGCAUUUGAAUUAUUCUCUCUCCACAUGCGAUUGAAUGUCGCGUAUGAAUAUUUCUCAUACACUUAUUUCACAUGAAGUGAAAGAUGGAAAAAGAUUGUCAGUAUCUGGCGGGUGUGCAGCGUGGAUUGCAUCUCAGAUUCUCUGUCAUCGUCUAUUUUAGCGUUAAUGUAAACUUCUUUUUUUCAUAAUCAUAUAGAUAUGAUUGUUAAAGUUCAGCAAUACUCAUAUCUAGAGAUCUAUAUACACACACAAUAGUUUAUGAUUGCGUUUGAGAUGGCGGAAACGCCUUCUGGUCCAAAAGCACAUCGUAAUGGGUAUUUCUCAUCAUCGUUUAGUUUUUCUUAUUAAUAAUAACUGAAGCUGUAGCUGUGUUAGUCAUUCAGUGGGCAGUUAGCAUGUUUGCAUUUUGCUGCAUCAUGCUUCAACUUAUCUGUCGUAAGCUCCAGUAACGUGUAUCAUAAUCAUAAUAAUCUGCUAUAUUACCAUGUGCAUUACAUGUGAAACACCUUAUGUACUUCUGUCCGUGUCAUGUCACGUUGAUUUCAUUCAUUGCACUUCUUUUUCUUUUCUUUUUGUGGUCGGUACAAAUUGUAUUAUUGAUUUUUAAAAUAAUUAUAAAUAGUACAUAACAUGCAGAAAUAAUGUGCCUAUUUGACUUACCCAGUCGGCUGUGAGUGGCAAUUUCUAUGUUUAGCUGUCAUAGCUGUUGACUACAGUGUGUGUGUGUGUGUGUGUGUGUGGAACAUCACGCUGUGUCGUUGCACACAAAGCUGCGUGAGGCAUGUUGGACUCAUCUCUGAAGCUCCACUAGUGUAGUAUAAGAAUAUGGAAGCCAUGCAUUUAAAAGCCUAAGCAAACUCUCCAUAUUCCCGUGUCUUCGCUUCACCUCUGUCAAUAUGAAUCGAGUGCACCUGAUGGCAGGUUGCACUCUGAAUGAUGAUAUCUAUUUGAGUUGUUUUCACCAUUUGAGUGACAUGCUUUCCUGUGAUGUAGCUUGGUCAAUCUGCAAAUCAUCUACUUUAAAAAGCUAAGCUGAACAUGUUUUUCAUUUUUAUGUCUUCAACAUGCCUGUCUUUCCCUGAAAAAACACAACUGUGCAGCAAAAAAAAAGUGUAUUUAGGCAUUCCUCGCAACACCUCCCAUUCCACCUGCUUAUUUGGCUACAUGUGGUAUUUAUAUCAGCUUAAGUUGUACAGUAUCAUACGCAUUAUUCAACUCUAAAGCCCAUAUCAUAAUAAAUACAAUUCAGAAAUAUCA